GCGUGUGCGAGGUUGGGAGACACGGGGAACCCUGGAGCGCUGAACUUUUUAUCCUUGGAAGAGGAGUUAGAAUGGAAACAGCAACAUUGUACAUUGUUAACCGCUCCUAGCCCGGAGAGCAGAUGGCGCAGAAGAUCUCGGAGGUUUCUCAACUUUGUUUUACGUUGUUUUUCCUCCCCACCCCAAAAAAGUCACUCUGUAAUUUAAGGUGGCGAAGUACUUUACGGGGUGCAACGAGGUAGACGCUAGGAAUUGGAAGCCACUCCUUCACAAAGUUUAUUUUCGAAAUUAGUUCAAAACACAGUUACUAUCCAGGAAGCUUUGGGUCACAGUGUGUGCUUAGGUUAUUUUGAUGAGUGGACAUGCCGCUGAUUUUUUUUCUUAAUGGUACCUUGGAUUAUAAACAAAACAGACAGGAUGAAAUGUAAGCAUUCAUGAAUGAGCACGGAGACCCCUUAACUUUGUAUCUGGAGUAGAACAGAAAAAUUAUUAUGCCUGUGCUCCCUUGGGACUCCUUGGAAAUUGCACAGUGACAUCAUCUGGGAUUUAGUCUGGAGUGUGCAGCCUGGUGCCUAAGAUGGAAGUAGAUAUAAAUGGGGAGUCCAGAAGUACCCUGACCACCCUGCCGUUACCUGUGGCUGAGGGGAGCUCGCCAGGAAAAGCAGAAGCCGAGAGACCCCGCUGUUCUAGCACGCCAUGCUCACCCAUGCGUCGGACUGUGUCAGGUUAUCAGAUCCUCCACAUGGACUCUAACUAUUUGGUUGGCUUUGCCACUGGUGAGGAACUCCUGAAGUUAGCCCAGAAGUGCACUGGAGGGGAAGAAAGCAAGGGAGAAGCCGUGCCGCCCUUGCGCUCGAAACAGCUGGAUGCGGGACUCGCACGCUCCUCUCGUCUGUACAAAACUAGAAGUAGGUACUAUCAGCCAUAUGAGAUUCCAGCUGUUAAUGGCAGGAGGCGAAGGCGGAUGCCCAGCUCAGGAGACAAGUGUACCAAAUCCUUACCUUAUGAACCUUAUAAGGCCCUCCAUGGGCCUUUGCCUCUAUGUCUUCUUAAAGGUAAGAGGGCUCACUCUAAAUCCCUGGACUACCUCAAUCUAGAUAAAAUGAACAUCAAGGAGCCAGCUGACACAGAAGUGUUACAGUACCAGCUUCAACACCUGACCCUCCGAGGGGACCGAGUGUUUGCUAGGAAUAAUACAUGAAUGACGUGCACAGGGUUUAAACCGCUUUAGGCCAGCCUGUCCUCGGCUAGAGAGAGAGAAAAAAAAAUCUACUGUCGUACUCUGUACAUGACCUUUCACCUUAGAGAUGGUUAUAUCAGCUAAGUGUUCCUGGAACAUACAAAAAAAAAAAAUUGUUUGGAUCAAGUUUUGGAUACAGGAAUGAAAUCACAGGUACUUGGGGCGGGGCGGGGGGAUAUCAUUCUAGAGCACGCAACUGCGAAGAAAACAGAACGUUGGCCGUUAGUUUGCAUAGCUUCUUAGCUAGAACAAGGCUUUGGUGCAGUAAUUUCACCUUUAUGAUUCUGAACACUCAAAUUGGGAAUGUUACCUGCUUGGUUGUUGCUGACUUGGUAUGAUUCAUUAGAAAUUUAUAUUGAAGUACUCAGUGCUUCUUGGAUCUCUGUAUUUUACUAUACAAUGUAUGUAAUGAUUUGUCUUAAUGGAAUUUAGAGCUUGAACACUGCUGAAUUGGACCACUUUUUAUUUUUAAAUAUUGAGUUUAAAUAUUUUAUAACUGGUUUUGCACUGAAAACAAUUAACAUUUCAGAUUAAGAGAAUAAUAAUCUUUCUUCACUUGCCUCAAUAGGAAUAUUGAGCAAUGGAUUUUUUUAUUUCCGCAUGGAAAGUUACUGAUCUCUAUGGCUGUAAAAUAUUCCUUUAUAGCAUUAUUAAAGUGUGUCUUAAUAAAAUUAAAUUUGGGAUACAAAGUAUUUAUUUUACAAUGGGUAGUGGGUGGGAUGCUUUUCCAGAAUGUUUCCGACAUGAAAUUUUCAUCAGUUGGAAACAUUUCCUUAGUGCUUAUUUUCUGAUUUAAAAUCCACAUGGAACUUGAAAAUGGAAAGGAUUCUCUCCACUGGGUUGUUUGGCGUAGUCCUGCUUACAUCUCAACUUCUUAUAAGUGAAUACAACUUUAGCAGAGGCUCUCACGAUUUUGACUAUCAAAUGCUUAAACUAAGUACGAAGUGAUACCACUCAGCACAUCCUGGGGUCUUUCCAGGGUUAGUUCUCUGCAGCACGGCACUCAUUGGAAUUCCAGUUUCAGGAUUAGUGUAGGAGCCUAACGUGCUUCUACAGUUUUAAUGGGCUAAUCCUGGAUUACCUAACAACUUAUGUCUAUCACACUGGUUUAAUUUGUUGCUAAAGAAAUAAUUCCUUGCCUUUAGUAACAGAAGCAGCUCAACUACCCUUGACCAUAAGUGUAUGUAACUUACCUUUUGUAAACAUUUCUAUCUCAUUCAGUCUUAAAGGUGCAAUUUAUUACUGAUUUGGCAUUUCUGGCUAUAUAGAACUACAUAUUUUAUGUUUUCUUUUCGGCACUGUGAGUUUCUUAGGGGUUAGCAGUCUUGCUUAUAACGUAAGAACACUUUUUAAUUGAUGAAUGUGCCAUUCCUGGACCAAUUGUGGUUUUCCUCUGUCCAGAUUGAAUGGCAAAAUUUAUUUUAGAGCAGAAUAAAUAUUAGAAACCCCAGGAACUCUUAAUAGAUGCUUAUUAUGCACUCACAGAGGCAACCAUGUGACAUCAUGUAUAAGAGAGCCAUGGAGAUGCUGGCUCAUGUCUUACUGAGUUGAUCAGAGGUUUUAGUGGCUGGAAAGUUUCCGAUGUUGUCUAUUUAAAGUAAACUGCACCUUUGUAACAUAUUAUUGUAUUGAUGAAUGAUCACUAAGAUUAACUAUAUCUAUACAGUCAAUAGUUUGACAAUUAAUAGAAUCCUGUCAGAUGCCAAAGAGUUGGGAUUUUUACAUUUAAUGAUUAAACACCGUUAUUUAUUGAUGAUUUACCCUCUGGAACUGUAUUAUUUCUAACUAUGAAAUAAAAGGGUGAUGUAAACAUA